AUGUCGACGGGGGAGGAUCUGCUGCGGCUAUACAAGGGCGAAAUCGUCCCCCGGUCCUUCAACGCCGGCUAUGUGGCCUUGAGCUACUUCGUCUCCUGGAUCGGGGCUGUCUCGACGUUGGAGCUGCUCAACCGACGUACGUUCCGUGCCGGUUGGUUCAACCAUCUCAUUCUCGUCGCCUCUUCCGUGACUAUGGGUGGCAUAGCGAUCUGGUGCAUGCAUUUUAUCGGGAACCGCGCGAUCGUUCUGGCCCAUGACGAGUCUGAACUCCACAUCCAAUACUCCGGUAGCUUCACCGCGAUCUCGUUCUUCCUGCCCAUCGUUGUGCUCCUCGCGGCUUUCAUGGCUAUCGGCGCGAACAACAAGGUCUCCUGGUGGCGGAUCGGCGGGGGAGGCACGCUCGCUGGCGGCGCAAUCUGCGGAAUGCACUAUCUGGGCAACGCCUCAAUCAACAAUUAUCGCUGUACAUACCACACGGCUCACAUUGUGGGCGCUACCCUGAUCGCCGUCUUCGCCAGUAUCGUCGCGCUGUCGGUAUUCUUCGUCCUCAGGGCGUCGUGGACGGAUUCGCCGUGGAAGAGGGCGUUGACCGCAGUCAUAUUAGCCGGGGCCGUCUCGGGGAUGCACUGGACCGCGGCCACGGGCACCGAGUACCGCCUCGACCAUCUGAACGAUAGCAACCAGUUCUCACAGAUCACGACCGUCAUCGUAGUCAUCUGCCUGUCGGUGGGCGCUGCCCUCUUCAUGGUCGUGUCGGCCGUCUACGCGACGUGGGCGACACGGCGCAACGCGAGCAAGGCGCAACAGGUGGUUCUAGCGGCGGCGGUAUUCGACCGCUCAGGGCGGAUCCUUGUGACGCUCGACGGCUCGUUACCCAGCGAGAAGAUCACGGACACAUACAUUGAGCGGACCCGCAGCGAUACCUUCAACAUCGCCCACCCGCUCUUCCACUGGAUGUUCCAGGCGUCGCGAAACUGGGCUAGUGUCAGCAGUAUGAUCGACGGCAUGACGGCCCACCUCGGGCACCUGCCGAGGGACGGGCGCGGCGUCCGCCUCGUUAGUGAUGACGGCGUGCUCAUCGAGAACUACGACGCCAUCGUGCGCGAGCUCUUCUGUGUCGCCGCCGCGAACCUCGCGCAGAAGCUCAAGGACCAGCUCGCCAGCGCGGGCACGUUGUGGGACGAGAUCCUCCCGACGGGCGCCAACGACCCGCAACCUCGACUCGACGUCGGCGAGCCGUCUCCACCUGCUAAGGGUACCUCCUCGCCGCCCUCCCCCGUCGUCGAAACGGGGCGCGAGAGCCGCGCUUGGAAGCACCAGGAUUACGGGCGCGGCUCCCUCAUGUUCUUGGUGCGGCAUCUCGAGGGCGUGCAGGACGCGGACCAGCUCGAGGCGGCGGGGUUCCGGUUCGCCGACAUCACGCAGGUGUCCGGGAUCAUCGGGUCGCGCAUGCAGAUCCGCGCGCGGAACCUCAGCGACCGGCUCGGGCACAUGGCGGCCUUCGCCGAAGACAGCGCCAUGCUGGACCCCGGCGUGCACCUCGCCUUCUUCGGCGUCAAGGCCCGCGUUGGCAGCUUCGGUUUCGAUGUCCUCGUCAGGAAGAGCGCCCGCAACCUCCUGCCCACCAUGCCCGUGACGCUCGAGCGCCUCGACUCGUGGCAGAUGGACAUCAUCCGUCAAUUCGACCGAAUGAGCGUGACCCUCCUACUGCACAGCCUCGAGGCGCUGAAGCGGCUCUCACCACGGGAGGUGCUUUUCGCGUCGCAGAUGUCGGACGCAGUCGAGGCGCUGCGCGCGUGGAUAGACGACCCCAUGUUCGACAACGCCGUGUUUACGUCUAAAGUGGUGCAGGCGCCGUGCCGCGCGCAGGCCGGGCAGUCAGCCAAGAGCUGCACGUUGGUGUCGCUGUGUCUCAUGCUGCCGAUCCACGCGACCGCCAGCAGCAGCGCGCGCUGCGAGUUUGUGCCGCUCAACUUCUUCAAGGUGAGGCAGAUAACAUACCCCGACUCGCCGCACCGCGCCGCCUUCACGCGCUACGUACAUCGCGAGCUGUCGCCCAUCAUCAACGCGCCGCCGCCGCACCCGCCGCCGCCCCAGACGACGUACCCCCAGAUUGGCCGGGGGGCGUCACGGCGGGGCAACAAAAAGUUCGGCCCGCUGAGCCGCCUGCGCCGCGCGAGCGACAACUCGUACGCGACGACUGUGGUCGGCAGCGGCAACGGCGGGGAUGGCUAUCCGAACCAGGGCCGACUCGGCCGCAAGUCGACGUCGUCGGCUCGCGACUCGAUCCACUCGGACUCGACGACGAAGCUGUGGAGCCAAGAGGCCGCGGAAGAGCAGCCGGCGCAGCACCAGCCGCAGCACCAGCCGUCGUCGCUCGGCGGCAUCAUGGUGUCGCAGGAGAUCCAGGUGGACGUGCGGCAGGUGGACGAGGACGACGGGGCCAGUACCGGGGGCGGAGGAGGGGGAGGGGGCAGCGGCAACCCGCCCAAGUCGCCGUCGGCGAUGAGCGCCGACCGCGUGACCAUGGCCAAGGCGGUGCGCGGCGCGGCCGUCUUCGACUACGAGAUGGAGAACCUUCCCGGGGGUGCAGACACGGAGGAGGGCCGGCGGCACCGACGCCUAGGCGCGGCCGUGAUCGAGAGCGAGAAGGGCAACGAGGUCAUCACCUUCGUCGACGAGCUGUUCGCCGUAGUCGUCGCUGGCGGCGGCGCCCUCCUGUAUUCUUACCGUCCCCGAAACAUCCCCGGUUCCGAAGGCCCGGCCGUCCCCCCUCCGAUCUACGGCGCCGAUGGCACCUUCAAGCUGCCCCGUUUCCCGAGGGUGAAGUCGCGCGACGAGCAGAUUGCCGACUUGAGGAAGAGCGGCAGCGCGGAGGGCGAAUAUGACAUCCUGGUCAUCGGCGGCGGUGCUACUGGCGCUGGUGUGGCGCUAGACGCCGCUACCAGGGGUCUGAAGGUAGCUGUGGUCGAGCGCGACGACUUCAGCAGCGGCACCAGUAGUAAGAGCACCAAGCUCGUGCACGGCGGCGUGCGAUAUCUAGAGAAGGCUGUGUGGAACCUCGACUAUUCCCAGUAUCAAUUGGUCAAAGAGGCGCUGAAGGAGCGGAAGUAUUUUCUGCGGACUGCGCCUCACCUCAGCAGCUGGCUCCCUAUCAUGCUGCCCCUAGAUAGGUGGUGGAAGGUACCGUACUACUGGGCCGGCACCAAGUUCUACGACUUGCUAGCUGGGAGUGAGGGCAUCGAGAGCUCCUACUUCCUCACCAGGAGCAAAGCGCUCGACGCCUUUCCGAUGCUGAAGCAGACGGAUCUGGUCGGCGCUCUGGUCUACUACGACGGCGCCCACAAUGACUCGAGGAUGAACGUAUCCAUCGCUAUGACGGCGGCGGUAUACGGCGCUACCAUUGUUAACCACGCUGAGGUGGUCGGCCUGACUAAAGGCGAGAAUGGCAGGCUGUCUGGCGCACUCGUAAGAGAUCUCAUCCCCGAGCGCAACGGCAAGAAGACGCAAGACUUCCUGGUCAAGGCUAAAUGCAUCAUCAAUUGCACCGGACCUUUCACCGACUCGAUACGGAAGCUCGACGACCAGGAAUGCAAGGAGAUCGUCGCGCCCGCCUCCGGGGUCCACGUCAUCCUACCCGGCUACUAUAGCCCCUCGAACAUGGGACUGAUAGACCCCUCGACGUCCGACGGCCGAGUCAUCUUCUUCCUGCCGUGGCAGGGAAAUACGAUCGCUGGCACGACGGACGAACCCACAACGAUCUCGCAGAAUCCCCUUCCGGACGAGAAAUCGAUCCGCUGGAUCCUGAACGAGGUCAGCCACUACCUCUCGCCUGACAUCCACGUCCGCCGUGGGGACGUGCUCGCGGCAUGGUCUGGCAUACGCCCUCUCGUCAAAGACCCCAAAGCCAAAAACACCGAGUCGCUCGUGCGCAAUCACCUGAUCGAUGUUUCCAGUUCAGGGUUGGUGACAUGUGCAGGUGGCAAGUGGACGACGUACCGGCAGAUGGCGGAAGACUGCGUGGACGCCGCCGUUGAGGAAUUCAACCUGCCCACCAAGCCUUUCGGCAACGCCCCGCGAGUCAGCGGGACUGAUGCCGUAGACGACGGCGCGAUCUUGGACGGGACUUGUCAGACGCACAACGUCCGGCUGAUUGGAGCUCACGGUUUUAGCAAGACAUUGUUCAUCAACCUCAUCCAGCAUUUCGGCGUCGAGACCGAGGUCGCCAAGCAUCUGACGGAGAGCUACGGGGAUAGGGCGUGGACCGUCGCCGCCCUGUGCAAACCCACCGACCUGCGAUUCCCGGCGCGAGGGGAGCGCAUCUCUCGCCUCUACCCAUUCGUGGAUGGAGAGGUCCGUUACGCUAUCAGCAACGAGUACGCGCAGACCGCCGUCGACGUCCUGGCGCGGAGGACGAGGUUGGCCUUCCUGAACGCCCAGGCUGCGCUGGAGUGCCUGCCCAAGAUUAUCGACAUCAUGAGCCAGGAGCUGAAAUGGGACCGCGCGAGGCAGGAACGGGAGUGGAAAGACACUGUCGCAUUCCUGCAGUCGAUGGGCUUGCCGGAGCCGAUGCUGUCCGCGACCAGGGCGCAGGUAGAGAAGGGUAAGCUGGACUUCAGCUCUUCGCUCGAGUACAAGAUGUACUCGCGACACGACAGGCCUCCCGUCGCGGAGUAG